CUGGUCGCCAGGGCGACCGAAAACCGGGCCUGAGCCAUGAGUAGAUCAAAGCACAAGCGCGAUGACGUGCCCAGUCAAUGAGGCCUCAAACAGCCGACGAAGCAUUGGAGAGGCCACUCCCCGACAACCUGAGCCGCAUUCUGUGCGAGGUGGCGGAUGCUGGCCCAGGCAACGACACCUAUCAGAGGAGGAUACUUGCGCGCUGCUUGAGCGUUAUGCAAACGUUGAAGGGGCUCUUCCGAGGCGCACACGCGGGGCCUCCUCAAACACAUUGCGGAGCUCGAGAAAUUUGAUGCGAAGCACCCGGCGAAGCCAAAGGCAGAGGCAGACUUGACGGAUGAGGAGAGGAAGGAGAUCAUGCGCCAGUACCGGGUGAGGUCGAUGUAUGUCUGCCUCACAGCCCACCUACAACUCGCUCGAAAGCUGCGCUGGCACAAGUUCAAGCUGGCGAUGCAGAGAAAGCGGAGAGGAAAGCGCUGCGGAGGGCUGCGAGCACGGCUUGAAGUGGAAGAGCAGCAGCCGCUGUGGGAAGUGCAAGGGUAUCUGCAAGGUGUGCAACGGUGUGCACGGCACUGCCAAGCAGAAUUGCGUCCAGUGCAAUCAGUGCCCGCACGGCCAUCGCAGGGGCAUGUGCAAGCUGUGCAAUGGCAAAGACCGCUGCGCGAUAUGCAGGCCAUGCGCCCAUGGCAAGCUGAAGGCAGGCUGCAAGAAGUGCAGCGGGCGCAAACAUGGCAAGCUAAGACAGAAGUGCAAAGUCUGCAAGGCCGCGCAGAAAAGGCAAGACCGUCGAGAGAGCAAAGGAGAGCCGGAGGAGGCACAACUUGUACCUCCAAAUCGAGGCCGAGACCAAGAGAAGUAGAAGCAAAGAGGAAUUGCCGUCGAGUCCUAGCCUUCCGAGCGAACACAAAGGAAAGCGACACGCUGCAAAACAAAGCAGUCAACUGGGCUGAAAAAAAUACCC